AAGUCUAAGUGAUCUGUGCUUUAGUAUUAAGUAUUUUAAGUGUCCUUAGUAAAUUAGGAGCAAUAUGAUUUUAAAGAGGAAUCCAGCCCUCGCCAUCCUGAGCUUUGCAAGCUUUAUCCUGGCUGCACACUCAGAAUUAGUGGAAAUUGUAGAUCUCAACGCUAACUGGAGCCUUACAAAUCAAAAUCUUACCAUUAGCAGGAGCAACAUUCAUCUGCCUUCUGGCGUCUAUAGCGCACUGUACGGCGAAGACGUAUUGAAAUCCUACAAUGACAUCAACAUGCGUUGGAUAUCGCUUGACAACUGGACUUAUACGCGAAUAUUCAAAGUUUCACGCAAUCAUUUACCCAAACAUUUCUGCAAUUUAACCUUCCACGGCAUCGAUACGAUUGCUGAAAUCCGUUUGAAUAGCCGCGUUCUUGGACGCACGGAGAAUAUGUUCGUGCGCUACAGCUUCGAUAUAACCGACUUUCUAAGCGAAGAAAAUAUUCUCGAAGUGCAACUAUUUUCGCCGAUAUAUGCAGCAAAAAAACGUGCUGAGAACUUUGCCGCCAAUGGCACCAACUAUCCGCCGAAUUGUCCCUCCGAUCGCUUCCAAGGUGAAUGCAACAUUAAUAUGCUGCGAAAGAUGCAAACCAGCUUCGCAUGGGAUUUCGCGCUGGCGGCACCUUCAAUGGGUAUCUGGAAAGCGGUAAAUUUGGAGUGCUACGAGGUGGCUAUCAUACGCGAUGUGGACGUAGUUAUUAGCCGUACGAAAACUCACUGGAAAGCUGACAUACAAGCGCACCUCGACGUAGGUGGACAAGAGGAUUUCUUUGCAGAGCUGAAGUUUUACGCUUUUGGCCUAUUGGAAGAACCCCUCAUCAUUAAGGACAACAAGAACCAGCGAGUUUCACACAAAAAUGCGAUCAUAACAUUUUCACAAACUUUUACCUUGAACUCGGUGUUACCUUGGUGGCCCAAUGGCUAUGGCAGUCAAGACCUGUACACCUUUAACUUUGUCCUAAAUGCCUGGUUGAGUAAAGAAGGCGCGGUCGCAGACUCGCCAAGCGUCUCACAGAAGUCAAUACGUGUUGGAUUUCGUACAGUUGAACUUGUGGAACAAGAGAUGACAAAUCGUAACGGCUACACUUUCUUCUUCCGCGUUAAUGGCGAGGAUAUUUUCAUAAAAGGCGCCAACUACGUGCCAUCCCAUAUUUUGCCGGAGAAGAUGCAAGAUCCCAAGCGCCUCAAACACUUGCUCACCUCAGCCAAGGAGGCACACAUGAAUAUGCUGCGCGUAUGGGGUGGCGGCAUUUAUGAAUCGGAUCUUUUCUACGAACUCGCCGACACAUUGGGUUUGCUCAUUUGGCAGGAUAUGAUGUUCGCUGGCGCUAUGUAUCCUAUCGAUAGCGACUUUCUCACCUCUGUACGCACCGAGGUGCUGCAGAAUGCGCGUCGCAUCGCCUAUCAUCCCAGUUUGAUCGUGCACGCGACCAAUAGUGAGAACGAAUUGGCUUUGGCCCAAAAUUGGUAUGGCACUUUGGUUGAACAGAAACGUUUCGAAAAGGAAUAUCGCGAAUUAUAUUUGAAUAACGUGAUUGGACAACUGAAAGCCUUGCAACAUGCGGCACGCAUACCACCACUGAUGUCCUCACCAUCCGUAGGGAAACGUGAAGAAAAAUUCAACUACCUCGCGCCUGAUCCACAAAGCGCGCAAUAUGGCGAUAUACAUUACUUUGUGGUGCACGAAAACGGCUGGAAUGUCAACAUCUAUCCUACACCUCGCUUUGCCUCCCAGUAUGGCUUUCAGAGUUUGCCGCGCAAAGAGUCUUGGAAACGCAGCAUGGCUGGCGGCGAGAAUUUAAUGGAAUUAAUGCGUCAUCGUCAACACCAUCCCAUGGCAAUGCUACCGAUUGUGAAUCUGAUACGCCCGAACUUACCGCUGCCGGUCACGAAAGACGCGCGCUACACGGAUGCUCUCAUUUAUUUCAGCCAAAUCGCACAAGCAAUGGCUCUUAAAGUCCAAACGGAGUGGUAUCGUAGUCUGCGAAACUCGGAACAUCGCACAAUGGGUGCGCUCUAUUGGCAAUUGAAUGAUGUCUGGGUGGCACCUUCGUGGUCCACUAUUGACUUUUACGGCAAUUAUAAGCUCGCCUAUUACUGGUCUAAAGAAUUUUUGGCGCCUAUUACACUCAUCGCUACACCUGACUCCACCACUGGGGUCAUCAAUGUGACAGUGGCCUGCGAUCAAGUCGAAGUCAGCACCGAAGGUAUGCGCAUCACAGUGCAACUAUUCAAAUACGACAACUUGACGGCUACGAAUUACACCACAUUUGAUGUCUUCUUGAAAAAAAAUGCUGUUGUUAACGCUCAGACACUUGCCAAUGACAAAAUCUUCACAAAUACUACCACCGAGAAAAAUACCUUCUUGCAAUUUGUGCUGCAUAGUGCAACUGAGGAGCUCUCUUCGACCUACUACUUUCCGUCGUCCAUUAAUAAAGCACAGGGCAUUAGCGAUCCCGAACUCACAUUUGAUUUACAAUGGAAGCACUGCGUCGACAAUGGCAAGACCUACGAGAACGCCUACACCUUGAAAAUUAUGGUAAAGCGACCAGCUCUUUUUGUCUAUAUCGACAUCAUUCAUCCGAAAGUGGGAAAGUUUAAGCUUUCACGCAACGGUUUCGUGCAAACCAAGCAGUCCAUGAAAGUGGAGCUGGUGUUCACUGCGGCAGAGUGUAUCAUCCUACAAAAUUCCAAUGUCGUAAUUAAAACAGUAAACGAUUAUAAGGUGUAAAGUGAAGCGGGCUAAGGGAAAUAGUUAUUAAGAAAUAUAUCAAAUUUGUAUGCCCAAUAGUAUGAAUAGAAGUAUAAUAAAGCAGAAAACUACUAAUCGAA